AUGAUGUUACCAAGCCCGGUCACUUCCACACCUUUCUCUGUCAAAGACAUUUUGAAUCUGGAGCAGCAGCAACAACAGUACCACGGCGGGCACUUGCAGUCGGACUUGGAGCAGCAUUUCCAUUCGGCCCCCUCCUGCAUGUUGGCUGCUGGGGAGGCGGCCCAAUUUUCUGACGGGGGGGAGGAGGAGGAGGAGGAGGGAGAGAAACUGCCCUAUUUAAACUCAAUAGCCACAGCCGAGAGCCACGGGGAGACGGGGAUCUGUCCCGACAGCUAUGUCCACACGGUCCUCCGAGGCUCCUGCGGGCCCAAGGACCAAGAAGAGGAGGCCGACGGGGUCGUGAGGGACAGGAGCCAGAAGAGCUGCCCACUGAAGAAGCCGCUGGAGGCAGGAGAGUGCAAGGCGGAGGAGAGCGAAAGGCCGAAGCAGCGCAGCCGGAGAAAGCCCCGGGUUCUCUUCUCGCAGGCUCAGGUUUUCGAGCUGGAAAGGAGAUUUAAGCAACAGAGGUAUUUGUCUGCGCCGGAACGGGAGCACCUCGCCAGUAGCCUAAAGCUCACAUCUACGCAGGUGAAGAUCUGGUUCCAGAACCGGAGGUACAAGUGUAAGAGGCAGCGUCAGGACAAGUCCUUGGAGAUGGGGGCGCACCCACACCCGCCGCCUCCCAGGAGGGUGGCGGUGCCAGUGCUAGUGCGGGACGGGAAGCCCUGUAUCAGUGGGGCGCAGAGUUAUAACGCUCCUUACAGUGUGGGCGCGAGCCCUUACUCCUAUAACAGCUUCCCGAGCUACGGUUACGGGAACUCGGCCGCCGCCGCCGCGGCAGCCGCCUAUAGUGGCAACUACGGCUGCACUUAUCCCGGGAGCAGCGGCGCGACUGCAGCCGCGGCCAUCCCGCCAGCCUGCAACGCGGCGGGAGGCGGCCCCUUUGUGAACGUGAGCAACCUGGGAGGCUUCGGAGGCGCGGCACAGCCCCUCCAGAGCCUCCACCAGGGCAGCGGAGUGCCAGCCUGCGCCCAGGGCACAUUGCAGGGCAUCCGAGCCUGGUAG